CAAAGCCAAACACGUGUUGAAAAUGGCCUCCAUCACACCAUUUGCGAUCUCGGACAACAGUCAAUAUAGCAUUUAUUCGAGUCCCGAUGGGGUGCUGAAGCUGUGGGAAGCAGACAAUGGUGUCUUAAAGCAAGAAUAUACACCCAGUGCACACUUGUCAGCGACGUGCACGUGUCUUUCAUGGGGACCAAAAAGAAACCUGGACACACCAGGCCGAAAGAAAAGAAGAAAAUCUGGUGGCACAGCUGUUACAGAACAAUAUGAUUUAAUUGCUGUGGGAACGACAGCAGGAAGCAUCCUUAUUUACAGCAUUGUAAAAGGAGAUGUCAAAACCAUUAUGGAAGAGGGUCAUGCAGACACUGUCAAUGAUGUGUGCUGGCAUCCAGAAAACAACACCGUUAUCAGUUGUUCCUGUGACAGACAUAUCAUCCAGUGGAAUGUCAAAUCUGGAAAAGCCAAACACAAAUGGAAAGGUGACAGUGGAAGCAUACAUUCUAUUUGUCUCUGUGCUCAGAAUCACCUUUUGUCAUCAGGAAGAUCAAUCAAACUGUGGGAUCUAGAGACUUAUAGUGUACUUAAGAAAUUUACUGGUCAUGCUACAGAAGUGUUCCGGUUACUUCCCAUACUCCCUAGUCGGACAGAAUUGCCGGAGAGUCCAGAGGGAACUUAUUUCUUAUCAGCAGCUUUGAAUGACCGACUUGUCAAUGUCUGGCAAGUAAACUCUUCAGUGAAAGAUAAAAGUUCUAUAGCCUCAUUUUCACUCCCAGAGGAACCAGUUAUGUUAGAUUUACAGAAAAUACAGGAAGAGGUAAUAUUAGCUGCUGUGACAAGAAGUGGGCAAGUGUUGGUAUUUGACCACACAAUGAAUGGAAAAGUGAAGAAACCUAUUAAACCUAAAGUGACGAUCCAGAUAGCCUCAUCAGGGGGCAGUGACUCCAUUCCUAAACCAAUCUCCAUACUGGCCACUCAUCUGUGUGAAGACCAGCGCCUCCUGUUGGUGUAUGGAAAUUACCUCAAACCUGUGUUUGAAAAAGUGGCCUUGGAUAUGUCAAGUUCAGAUAUGUGUUUAAUACGAGAUGAACCUGUGUUAUCAUCAGUGAAGAAGCAGGCUGAUGUUUCUAAGGUAAAGACACCAGCUGUUUCUAAUGAUGUAACAGUGCUUGCUCCUGAGAACACAGUUGCUAUUGGACCUUCUUUGAAGGAAAAAAGGAAAAGGAAACCAUCUGUAUCAGAUAUGAAUAUGGAAGAGAGGCUAAAUGCCAUCAGUAUAAAUAAACCAGAGACCUCCAAGGAACCCCCUAAAGCCGACACACUAGUAAGACUGCUGACACAGGGACUACAGAGCGAAGACAAAAACAUUCUCAAAAGUGUCCUGGGCAGGCCCACCAGUGACACCAUUAUAACCAACACCAUCAAGAUGCUUCCAGUUCAGGCUAUUGUUCCUCUGGUUAAAGAACUGACAAGUUGUGUAUCGGGACCAUCUGAAAAAGGUGGAUUAUAUGUAAAAUGGUUAAAGACUCUGCUUACAGUUCACACUUCUUACCUGAUUACAUUCCCUGACAUGGUAGAUAACCUGAGUGUCUUGUAUCAGUCAAUGGAUUCACGGACCAGAUUAGUGGACCGCUUGUCUAAACUGAAAGGAAAACUAGAGCUAAUGUUAUCACAGAUUGCAAGCCAAGCUCAGCAGGAGGAAGAAGUUACCCCAGAUCAGAGACCACUUCUUAUGUAUCAGGAAGAGUCAUCAGAUGAUGAUAUGGCUAUAGACAACUUGAUGCCAGAGAGAUCAGACACAGAGGACUUUGAUGAUUUAUUUUUGUCGGAUACGGAGGGGGCUACAGACCACGCUCAAGUCAACGGCACUGAGGAGGAGGAAGAAGACAUGGAGUCUGACUGAGAUCAGGCGACCGGGAUAGCCAUCAUUCAUUGGAUGACAGGAUUUACCCACAUUCGUUGGACGAUGGGAUUGACCUCCAUUCAUUGGAUAACAAGAUUGGCCACUGUUCAUUGGUGCUCAUUGUCUGGUCAAACCAGUCUUAAUUUCAUUGCAUGACUUCUGGCUGUGAUCUUUCCCUGAAUAAAAUGUUUUUAUCGUAAUUGAGCUGAAAGUCAAUUUAAAAAUGAAAUAUUUAUUACGCCCAGAGAGAAAUUUAAAUGGAAUGCUUGUGCUCUACAUGUUGGUAAAGGAGAAUUGCUGCAAGCAGUGCAUGGUGAAUUGAACAUAAAAUUGUUCAGAACUGAUCGGCAUUAUGUUUCAUAUGUUAGUUAUGUACAGUGUAUACAUGUAUGACCUAUGUAUGGUGUAAAGUGGUGGAAUGUUUGGCAGAGGAACAAUUCAAAAGUUACAAAAGCCUGCAUUCAUCCACCACUCGUGGUUGUAGGUAUCAAAUUGUUGAUAUUUUCAUAAACUGUUACUGAUUAUAUUAAAGAAAAACAACUAUUUGAAUAAAAUAUUAAAAUUUUA